AUGGUUAUAAAAUCAUCGUUAUCAUUAGCUAACGAAAAAGAAACAAACGGUGAUCAUGAACAUGUACUUAUUACAGAAUAUUUAACGAGUACUGAUAAAAAAAUACAUGAAACUAAGAUAGAAGAACAUAAAAUCAUUGCUGUUAGCCCAAAUGAUCAUCGAUGGUAUCGAUUAAUUGAAUUACGUAAUGGUCUACGUUGUAUGCUAGUAACAAAUAAUCUAUAUGAAGAUGAUGAAGAAAAUGAUGAUGAGAAAAGUGAUUCAGUCAAUACUGAUGAUAAACUAACAUCUUCUGAUGCGGAUGAAGCAUUUUUACAAUAUCAUACAACAACUGUUGCUUUGUAUAUUCCAGCUGGUUCUCUUCUGGAUCCUUCAAAUUUACAAGGUCUUGCACAUUUAACUGAACAUUUACUCUUUUCUAGUUCAUCUAAAUAUCCUGAACAUAAUUGUCUUGAUACAUUUAUUUCUUAUCAUGGUGGAAAAAUUCAUGCAUAUACAGAACUUGAAUUUACAGUUAUUGUUAUUGAAAUUUCAUCGAAUCGUAUUGUUGAAACACUUGAUAUUCUUAUACAUUCACUUAUUGAUCCUCUUAUGUCAUUGGAAACAAUACAUGAUCAAAUACAAAUUAUUGAUGAAGAAAAUAUGAUUGCUCAAAUAGAUGAUCAUUAUCGAGCAACACGUUUACUUACAUAUUUAGCUAGAGAAAAUCAUCCAAUAAAACAAUUUUCUUGGGGAAAUAAAUUAAGUCUAAAAGAAUUAAUUGAAAAUACGAAUAGUACUACAGUAUUAAAACAAUUUGUUAAAGAUCGAUAUUGUAUUCCAGAAGGAAUGAAUCUUGUUAUGAUUUCAAAUGAAUCAUUUCGAAUAAUGCAACAGCGUAUAGAACGAUUAUUUUGUUUAAUGAAACGCAGUUUUAAAACUUUACCCGAUUAUAUCGGCUUACAACAUCCAUGGAAUACAGAUUAUUUUAGAAAAUUUCAGUUAGGUAUAUAUUCUGUAUCAAAUAUUUUACUACCUUCGCUUCGAGCAAUACAAAUACCAACUCAAGAAAAUCUUGUUAAAAUUGAAAGUUAUCAAUCUAUUGAUUGUGCUACUCAUAUAUUAAUCUUUUUUGAACAUGGUGUUACUACAAUAAGAGAUUAUGUUCUCUUAGAGAUUCUUGCUGAAACUAUGCAAGAAUCACUUGAAGAUUAUCUACAUACAGUUGAUCAAAAUCAUUUUACAUGUAAUAUUACGCUUCGUGAUACCUAUGGUAUUGUUUCACUUGAAAUUGAAUUAAUAUUUUCAUCAGAGAUUUAUAAUUCAAUGGAUGUUAUUGAUUAUAUAUCAAAAUUUUUUGUAAUUUUUAAAGAUAUUAUUAUGGAAACAACGAAAAUAGAAUUCGAACGAUUUGUAACCAUGUUUCGAAAUGUAAAACAAAAUAUAGAUAAUUCAUUACAAGUAUGUGUUGAUCGAUAUUGGACUGAAAUUUUAUUGAAUUCAUUUAUAUUCGAUCGAAAUAAUCAAGAAAGAGAUGCACUUGAUACUUUAACGAUAAAUGAUAUGCAAGAAUGGUAUGAUAAACAUAUAAUAGCAUCUGCACAUCGUCAAUUAAUUAUUAUUAUAUGUCCGAAUGAUGAAAUAAAACCAACAAAAACAGGUAUUAUUUCAAAUAAUUCAACAUCUGAAAAUCAACGAAAUCGAUAUAGUAUUCGAUCAAGUUUUGGUAUGUCAGCUGAACGUCUUCCACGAUUUCGACAUCAUCAAGAUUCAUCUGAUGAAACAGAUUAUGAACAUAUAUCUUUAUUACAAUCAAAAUCUGAAUCAAAAUUACAUUGUUUAACAACAAAACAUAAAUACAAUCAUAAUUUACGUACAAUAAAAAGUGAAAUAUUUCAUUUUAAUAAAUUAUUUCAUUAUCCAAAUGAUAUGAUGAAAAUAGAAUAUAUUUUAAAAUCAUUUGAAUCAAUCGAAAUUAAUAAUGAUAAAGAUCAAAAUCAAUAUAGGAAAUCUUUAAAAAUUUUAUAUGACAUUGAUUCUAAUCAAUCAAACAAAUCUUAUGUCAUCAUACAUAAUUUAAAACAAUUUAAAGAAUCAUGUUUGCUAUAUAAUGUUACAUUUAUUAAGUAA